AUGGUCUCCGAGGAGGAGGAGGAGGAGGACGGCGACGCCGAGGAGACCCAGGAUUCCGAGGACGAAGAGGAAGAUGAGAUGGAGGAGGACGAGGAUGACUCCGAUUAUCCGGAGGAGAUGGAAGACGACGACGACGACGCCAGUUAUUGCACGGAAAGCAGCUUCAGGAGCCAUAGCACCUAUAGCAGCACUCCAGGUAGGCGAAAACCAAGAGUACACCGACCUCGUUCUCCAAUAUUAGAAGAAAAAGACAUCCCGCCCCUUGACUUUCCCAAGUCCUCUGAGGAUUUAAUGGUGCCUAAUGAGCAUAUAAUGAAUGUUAUUGCCAUUUAUGAGGUACUGCGGAACUUUGGCACUGUUUUAAGAUUAUCUCCUUUUCGCUUUGAGGACUUUUGUGCAGCUCUGGUAAGUCAAGAGCAGUGCACACUUAUGGCAGAGAUGCACGUUGUGCUUUUGAAAGCAGUUUUGCGUGAAGAAGACACUUCCAAUACUACCUUUGGACCUGCGGAUCUGAAAGAUAGCGUUAAUUCCACACUGUAUUUCAUAGAUGGGAUGACGUGGCCAGAGGUGCUGCGGGUGUACUGCGAGAGUGAUAAGGAGUACCAUCAUGUUCUUCCUUACCAAGAAGCAGAGGACUAUCCUUAUGGACCAGUAGAGAACAAAAUCAAAGUUCUGCAGUUCUUAGUUGAUCAGUUUCUUACAACCAAUAUUGCUCGUGAGGAAUUGAUGUCUGAAGGGGUAAUCCAGUAUGACGACCAUUGUAGGGUUUGUCACAAACUUGGGGAUUUGCUUUGCUGUGAGACAUGUUCAGCAGUGUACCAUUUGGAAUGUGUGAAACCACCUCUUGAGGAGGUGCCAGAGGAUGAAUGGCAGUGUGAAGUCUGUGUAGCACAUAAGGUGCCUGGGGUGACUGACUGUGUUGCUGAAAUCCAAAAAAAUAAACCAUAUAUUCGACAUGAACCUAUCGGAUAUGACCGAAGUCGGAGGAAAUACUGGUUCUUAAACCGAAGACUCAUAAUAGAAGAAGAUACAGAAAAUGAAAAUGAGAAGAAAAUUUGGUACUACAGCACAAAGGUCCAGCUUGCAGAAUUAAUUGACUGUCUAGACAAAGAUUACUGGGAAGCAGAACUUUGCAAAAUUCUAGAAGAAAUGCGUGAGGAAAUCCAUCGGCACAUGGACAUCACCGAAGACCUGACCAAUAAGGCUCGAGGCAGUAACAAAUCCUUUCUGGCUGCAGCGAAUGAAGAAAUUUUGGAAUCCAUAAGAGCCAAAAAAGGAGAUAUUGACACUGAUAGAAGCCCUGAAGAAAUAGAAAAGGACAAGAAUGAGACUGAGAAUACUGACUCCAAAGACUCUGAAAAAAGCAGAGAGGAGUUUGAAGACCAGUCCCUCGAAAAAGACAAUGAUGACCAAACACCAGAUGAUGAUACUGAACAAGGAAAAUAUGAGGAGCCAACAGAAGUUGGGGAUAAAGGUAACUCUGUGUCAACAAAUCUUGGCGACAACACAACAAAUGCUGCUUCAGAAGAGUCUAGUCCCUCUGAAAGGAGGAGCCCCGUGGGGUAUCUCUCAGAAACUCAUGAUAGCAGCAACAUGGCAGAGAAGAAGGUGGCAUCUGAGCUCCCCCAGGAUGUGCCAGAAGAACCUAACAAGACAAGUGACAACAGUAACACUAGUGCCACCACUACCUCCAUCCAGCCUAAUCUGGAAAACAGUAACAGCAGCAGUGAACUAAAUUCUUCUCCAAGUGAAUCUGCUAAGGCAGCUGAUGAUCCUGAAAACGGAGAAAGAGAAUCCCAUACACCUGUCUCUAGUCAAGAAGAGAUAGGUGAUUACAAAUCAGAGAAGUCUAAUGGCGAAAGAAGUGAGUCUCCUGGAGCUGGAAGAGGCGGAUCUGGUUCAACUCGAAUUAUCACCAGAUUACGGAAUCCAGAUAGCAAACUGAGUCAGCUCAAAAGCCAGCAGGUGGCAGCUGCCGCCCAUGAAGCAAAUAAAUUAUUUAAGGAAGGCAAAGAGGUUCUGGUAGUUAACUCGCAAGGAGAAAUUUCACGAUUGAGCACCAAAAAGGAAGUGGUCAUGAAAGGAAAUAUCAACAAUUAUUUUAAAUUGGGUCAAGAAGGGAAGUAUCGCGUCUAUCACAAUCAGUACUCUACCAAUUCAUUUGCUUUGAAUAAGCACCAGCACAGAGAAGAUCAUGAUAAGAGAAGACAUCUCGCACAUAAAUUCUGUCUGACUCCAGCAGGAGAGUUCAAAUGGAAUGGUUCUGUCCAUGGGUCCAAAGUUCUUACCAUAUCUACUCUGAGACUGACUAUCACCCAACUAGAAAACAACAUCCCUUCAUCCUUUCUUCAUCCUAAUUGGGCUUCACACAGAGCAAAUUGGAUCAAGGCAGUUCAGAUGUGUAGCAAACCCAGAGAAUUUGCAUUAGCUUUGGCUAUUUUGGAGUGCGCAGUUAAACCAGUUGUGAUGCUACCAAUAUGGCGGGAAUCUUUAGGACAUACCAGGUUACACAGGAUGACCUCAAUUGAAAGAGAAGAAAAAGAGAAAGUUAAAAAAAAAGAGAAAAAGCAAGAAGAAGAAGAAACAAUGCAACAGGCUACAUGGGUAAAAUACACAUUUCCAGUCAAACAUCAGGUUUGGAAACAAAAAGGAGAGGAAUACAGAGUUACAGGAUAUGGCGGCUGGAGCUGGAUUAGUAAGACUCAUGUUUACAGAUUUGUUCCUAAAUUGCCAGGCAAUACUAAUGUGAAUUACAGAAAGUCGUUAGAAGAAACCAAAAAUAAUAUGGAUGAAAAUAUGGAUGAAUCAGAUAAAAGAAAAAGUCCACGAAGUCCAAAAAAAGUAAAAGUAGAGCUUAAUUCUGAGAAAGGCGAGGUAAAAGAUUCAGAUGCUGCAAAAGGAAUAGACCAAAGUGAAAUGGACAUUUCAAAGAUUACUGAGAAGGACCAAGAUGUGAAGGAAGUUUUAGAUUCUGACAAUGAUAAAUCCUUCAAGGAAGAACCAAUGGAAAUAGAUGAUGAUGUGAAAUUAGAGUCACACAUGAAUUGCCAGGAAAUCUCUCAAGUAGAUGUGGUCAAUGUCAGUGAGGGUUUUCAUCUAAGGACUAGUUAUAAAAAGAAAACAAAAUCAUCCAAACUAGAUGGACUUCUUGAAAGAAGAAUUAAACAAUUUACACUGGAAGAGAAACAGCGCCUAGAAAAAAUGAAGUUGGAAAGUGGAAUUAAGGGUAUAGGCAAGACUUCUACAAAUUCUUUGAAAAGCCUGUCUGAGUCACCAGUGAUAACAAAAGUGAAAGAAGAGUGUGACUUGCUUAGACAAGUACAAAGCCGUAAUGCAAGCAAUGAUAAAUCUGAAAAUUUAAUUCAGGGGUGCUCACAAAGUGAUUCCUCAGUUCUUGGAAUCAGUGAUUCUAACCAUACCACAAACAAACUUUACCCAAAAGAUCAAGGGUUAGAUGAUGUCCCCAUUCAGAGCCCAGAGGCAAACUGUCAGAAACAGAAUUCUGUUGUAAAUGACAUAGAUAAGAGGCUCUCUGAACCUACCAGUAAAGGCCAAGAACCCAGUAAUAUUAAAACAAAGGGAACUGAUCUUCUCAUGGAUGACUCUAAACUAGCCAGCACAAAUGAAAUUGGUACUUUGAUCUAUAAGAACAAAAAACCACUCCUACAGGAGGAUAAUGACACCAUUGUGUCUCCGUCUGAGAGCUCUUUACUUCCAUCAUUACCUAGAAGUUCCAGUGACAGAGAGAACCCAUCUCUGUCGAAAGCAGUGGACUUCGAAGGAAAACUGGGAUGUGACUCUGAAUAUAAUAGCACUUUGGAAAAUAGUUCUGACACUAUGUCUAUUCAGGACAGCAGUGAAGAAGAUAUGAUUGUUCAGAGUAGCAGUGAAAGUAUUUCUGAACAGUUCACAGCUCAAGAACAAGGUAUUGAAGACUCUGAGCCAUUGAAACGUGAGUUUGUUUCAGAUAAAUCCCCUGGAAAGUGUGGUGACAGGCUGCAGGCUAACGUGUCUGAAGCAAACGGUGAAAAACUAAGUCAGGAACCAAAGUUAGAGGAAAGACCAGUUAAUAAAUGUAUUGAUCAAAUAAAUCUACGAAAUAUCACUGACAAAAAGAAUAAUGAAAACCGAGAGUCUGAAAAGAAAGGACAGAAAGCAAGUACAUUUCAAAUAAAUGGAAAAGAUAAUAAACCUAAAGCUUAUUUGAAAGGUGAAUGCUUGAAAGAAAACUCUGAGAGUAAGGUAGUAAGUGGUGAUGUUGAACCAAAGGUUAAUAAGAUAAAUAAAGUAAUUCCUGAAAAUGAUACUAAGUCAUUGACUAUUAGGGAAUCUACUGUAAAGCCAUUCAUGAAUGGCGAUGUCAUCAUGGAAGAUUUUAAUGAAAAAAACAACUUGGGAACAAGAUCAUGUUUACUGGGUUCUUCAGAUGCUGAAGGUGACUACCAAGAUAGCCUUGAGACACUGCCAUCAACCAAAGAGUCUGAGAGUGCACAAACGACCACGCCUCCACCCUCUCAUCCAGAAAGAAGUUCAGUUAAUCAAGUAGAAGAAAUGGAAACUGAAACCUCAGAAGUUAAGAAAGUUACUCCAUCACCUAUUACUUCUGGAGAGGAAUCUAAUCUCAGCAAUGAUUUUAUUGAUGAAAAUGGUCUGCCGAUCAACAGAGAUGAAAAUAUCAAUGGAGAAGCUAAAAGAAAAACAGUCAUCACAGAAGUCACCACGAUGACAUCAACAGUGGCCACAGAAUCAAAAACUGUGAUUAAGGUAGCAAAAGGCGAUAAGCAAACUGUGGUCUCUUCCACGGAAAAUUGUGCUAAGUCCACUGUCACAACCACCACUACGGUAACAAAGCUUUCCACACCCUCCACAGGCAGCAGUGUGGACAUCAUCUCUGUAAAGGAGCAGAGCAGAACCGUGGUCACCACAACAGUGACGGACUCACUGACCACUGCAGGAGGCACUUUGGUAACAUCUAUGACCGUGAGCAAAGAAUAUUCCACAAGAGACAAAGUGAAACUGAUGAAAUUUUCAAGACCCAAGAAGACUCGCUCAGGUACAGCUCUGCCAUCCUAUAGAAAGUUUAUUACUAAGAGCAGCAAGAAGAGCAUAUUUGUUUUGCCUAAUGAUGACUUAAAAAAGUUGGCCAGAAAAGGAGGAAUCCGAGAAGUCCCUUAUUUUAAUUACAAUGCAAAACCUGCUUUGGAUAUAUGGCCAUAUCCUUCUCCCAGACCAACCUUUGGUAUCACUUGGAGGUAUAGACUUCAGACCGUCAAAUCCUUAGCUGGAGUGAGCCUCAUGUUACGGUUACUGUGGGCGAGUUUGCGAUGGGAUGACAUGGCAGCCAAGGCUCCUCCAGGGGGAGGGACCACGCGGACAGAAACAUCUGAAACCAAAAUCACAACAACAGAAAUAAUUAAGAGGAGAGAUGUUGGGCCCUAUGGCAUUCGAUCUGAAUAUUGUAUCAGGAAAAUCAUUUGCCCCAUCGGAGUUCCAGAAGCACCAAAAGAAACACCUACACCUCAGAGGAAAGGCCUUCGAUCAAGUGCACUGCGGCCAAAGAGACCAGAAACACCCAAGCAGACUGGCCCUGUUAUUAUCGAAACCUGGGUAGCCGAAGAAGAAUUGGAAUUAUGGGAGAUCAGGGCAUUUGCUGAGAGAGUGGAGAAAGAAAAGGCACAAGCAGUUGAGCAACAGGCUAAGGUUAGUGAACAGAAGAAAGCAGAGGACUUCAAGGCCCAAGUGGAGGUUCAGCUAAAACAGCAGCUAUUGGCUGCCCAGCAGAAACGAUUGGAGCAGCAGAAACCUACAGUAAUUGCAGCUUCCACUACUUCCCCAACAAACAGUACAACCAGUACCGUCUCUCCAGCACAGAAAGUUAUGGUGGCCCCCAUAAGUGGCUCAGUUGCACCUGGAGCUAAAAUGGUACUAACUACUAAAGUUGGAUCUCCAGCUACAGUAACAUUCCAGCAAAACAAGAACUUCCACCAAACCUUUGCUACGUGGGUUAAGCAAGGCCAGUCAAAUUCAGCCACCAGCACAGCUGCCACAUCUGCUACAACCAUUGCCAGCACAGGUCAGACGUUCCAAAUUACAGGCAAUCCAGUCACUAUGGCAGGAAAAGUAAUUACCAAACUGCCACUUCCUGCAAACAGCAAGAUUGUCGCUGUAAAUGUGCCAGCAACGCAAGGAGGUGUUGUUCAAGUACAGCAGAAAGUCCUGGGUAUCAUUCCAUCUAGUACAGGUACAAGUCAGCAAACCUUUACUUCAUUCCAGCCCAGGACAGCGACUGUCACAAUUAGGCCCAACACCUCAGGCUCUGGAGGAACCACAAGCACUUCACAAGUAAUCACAGGGCCUCAGAUCCGCCCUGGUAUGACGGUGAUUAGAACACCACUCCAACAGUCAACACUAGGAAAGGCAAUUAUUCGAACACCUGUGAUGGUACAGCCAGGUACCCCUCAGCAAGUGGUGACCCAGAUCAUCAGAGGGCAGCCCGUUUCCACCGCAGUCUCUGCCCCUAACGCUGUUUCCUCAGCACCUGGGCAGAAAGCACUGACAUCAAGCGCACCCACUGCAAGCCUGCAGUCACCAACCUCACAGCCCCCCCGUCCCCAGCAAGGACAGGUGAAGCUUACCAUGGCUCAGCUCACUCAGUUAACACAGGGUCAAGGUGGCAAUCAAGGUUUGACAGUAGUAAUUCAAGGACAAGGUCAAACUACUGGGCAAUUGCAGUUGAUACCUCAAGGGGUAACUGUACUUCCAGGUCCGGGACAGCAGCUCAUGCAAGCUGCGAUGCCAAAUGGUACUGUUCAACGAUUCCUCUUUACCCCCUUGGCAACGACAGCCACAACAGCCAGCACCACAAGCACCACCGUCUCCACUACAGCAGCAGGUACAAGUGAACAAAGACAGAGUAAAUUAUCACCCCAGACACAGGUGCAACAAGCCAAAACCCUGCCACCAGCUCAGUCAUCCAGUGUCAGCCCUCCAGAAACCCCACCACCAACUGCUCAGCCUUCAGCUCAGCCCCAGCCCCCAGCCCAGCCCCCAGCCCCAGCUCAGCCUGAAGUUCAGACUCAGCCUGAAGUUCAGACCCAAACGACUGUUUCAUCCCAUGUUCCUUCUGAAGCACAACCCAUCCAAACACAGUCAUCCAAACCCCAAGCUGCAGUACAGUGUCAGCCUCAAAGUAAUGUCCAAGGACAGUCUCCUGUUCGCGUCCAAAGUCCACCACAGACUCGAAUACGUCCAUCAACUCCAUCCCAAGUGUCUCCUGGACAGCAACCCCAGGUUCAGACUACAGCCUCACAGCCGAUUGCAAUUCAGCCACAUACUUCUCUUCAGAUACCUUCCCAAGGCCAGCCACAGUCACAACCCCAGGUGGUGAUGAAACAAAAUGCUGUAAUAGAACAUUUAAAACAGAAAAAGACCAUGACUCCAGCUGAAAGAGAAGAGAAUCAAAGAAUGAUUGUCUGUAACCAGGUGAUGAAGUAUAUUUUGGAUAAGAUAGAUAAGGAAGAAAAGCAGGCAGCGAAAAAACGGAAACGCGAAGAGAGUGUGGAACAAAAACGGAGCAAGCAGAAUGCUACCAAGCUCUCGGCACUGCUCUUCAAGCACAAAGAGCAGCUCAAAGCUGAGAUUCUGAAAAAGAGAGCGCUCCUAGACAAAGACCUGCAAAUCGAAGUUCAGGAAGAGCUAAAGAAAGACCUCAAACUUAAGAAAGAAAAAGACCUGGCGCAGGCUGCAGCAGUAGCUGCAGCCCUCCCAGUGACUGCAGCUCCUCCAGCCCCUCCGCCUUCACCUCCACCCGCUCUGCAGCCCCCAGGCCUCCUGUCCACACCCACGAUACCUGCAGCUUCCCAGAAGAGGAAGCGGGAAGAGGACAAAGACUCAACCUCUAAGUCCAAGAAGAAGAAAAUGAUCUCUACUACCUCAAAGGAAACUAAGAAGGACACAAAGCUUUACUGUAUCUGUAAAACGCCUUACGAUGAAUCUAAGUUCUAUAUUGGCUGUGAUCUUUGUACUAACUGGUAUCAUGGAGAAUGUGUUGGCAUCACAGAAAAGGAGGCUAAGAAAAUGGAUGUGUACAUCUGUAAUGAUUGUAAACGGGCACAAGAGGGCAGCAGUGAGGAAUUGUACUGUAUCUGCAGAACACCUUAUGAUGAGUCACAAUUUUAUAUUGGCUGUGAUCGGUGUCAGAAUUGGUACCAUGGGCGCUGCGUUGGCAUCUUGCAGAGUGAGGCAGAGCUCAUUGAUGAGUAUGUCUGCCCACAGUGCCAGUCAACAGAGGACGCCAUGACGGUGCUCACACCGCUCACAGAGAAAGAUUAUGAGGGGUUGAAGAGAGUGCUGCGCUCCUUGCAGGCCCACAAGAUGGCCUGGCCUUUCCUUGAACCAGUAGAUCCUAAUGAUGCACCAGAUUAUUAUGGUGUUAUUAAGGAACCUAUGGACCUUGCCACCAUGGAAGAAAGAGUACAAAGACGAUAUUAUGAAAGGCUGACGGAAUUUGUGGCGGAUAUGACCAAAAUUUUUGAUAACUGCCGUUACUACAAUCCAAGUGACUCCCCUUUUUACCAGUGUGCAGAAGUUCUUGAAUCAUUCUUUGUACAGAAAUUAAAAGGAUUCAAGGCUAGCAGGUCUCAUAACAACAAACUGCAGUCUACAGCUUCUUAAAGUUCAGCGUGUUAACCUAACAUAAAACACAGCAAGAAUCUGGUUGUCUGAACUAUUUUAAAUUAAGGAGCCAGAUGUUUUUAGUCAGGUUAUCCUGACAAGACUUGACCUAAACUUCGUUUUUAUUGGUCAUAACAGUCCAAUUAUAUUCUUGGCCAAUUUUGUCCAACGGACAAGGGAAAAGCAAAGUCAACGACACCAUUAUCUUGUCAAGAUCAAAUGGUUUUACUAUUGUGGCAGAAGCGGGAAACCUUUUGUUUAUUGAAAAUAAAAAAGAAAGCAAGAAAAAAAGAUAAUAUGGGGUCAAGUGUAACUCCAUGGAAAUGCCACGUCUGCUCUUCAGUGAAGAAGCUGGUUUAGAGUCUCACAGAAAACUUUUGACUGUAUUUAUUUAUUGUUGCAAAAAAGACGCUUUUUUAUUGCUGCCCUCAUUUGUCAGCUAAUUAUUUUUUCUUAUAAAAUCCAGCCCCGGUUACAUGUAAUCCAUCCUGUAUCUUAUCAUGAUUCCUGUAGGUAAAAGUACAAGACGACCUCUAGAUGUCUUUUCUUUCUAUGAAAGGAGCUGCUAUGUACACAUGUGCACACACACAACUGGGAAUCAACAAUGAGUUUAUUGUUCAUGGUAGAUAAAAAUUAAGCUUGCAUAAAGGUUGGGCUAAGUGGUCCUGGACUACAGACUCUGUUGCCUUGAAUAUAACAGUACAAUUUGUCAUUUACUCUGCACCAGGCUAAAACGAGUAAAAUCUAUUUGAAGGUAUCUUGUUUGUAAACAUUUGUCAGAUUCUAAUUUUUUUUUCUUUUUGUAUUAAAAUUCAACUAUGGAUGUAUAUGAAACAAAAUAAAUGGAGAUCAUUUUUCUCCCACAGAUGGAGGUGUCUUUGAAUGUGCGCUAAUGAUUAUCUGUAAGCCUUUGUGGGGAGAGGGAGGGCUGACAGGAAAAGAGAAGGCAGAAGAACCUAAUUGUACCUGGUUUUCUCCAGGACAGUAGUGCCCCUUUGUUGUAUCAUCCCAGCUCAUUGUCAUCACUGCAGAGAAAAAUCUUCAGGGGUGCUAAUCCUGUUGUAGCAAUUGAUCAUACUAAUAAAAAAGGGAAUGUGACGAAAUACACAUUGCCUUCAUCUGAACAUUAUCGGAUACCAGGCAAAUUAUCACCAUCAUGCAGGAACUAUAGCUACUUACACUUUAUGAAGGGCGUUUUUUUUUUAGAUGACUUCAUCUCUUUGGUUUUUUGUUGUUGAUUGUUUGUGUGUGUUUUGGGUUAUUUCCCUGCAUAAAGAAAAGUAGUGUAAGUGCUGGGAAAAGAAUGGAAACAACAGAGGGAGUUGUGCAUGUUUUUCCUUUCAGUGUCCUAACCUUACACAUUGUAUUACUGUUGUAAUAAUAGCUUCCAUAAAAUCUGCCAUAGUUGGAUUAUGCAGCUUUGCAAAACUUUUACUAGAUUUUGCACUAAUUCAUAUUAGCUUUGUCCUACCAAGUUCUGGAAUUUACCUAAUUACGGUUUUUUAAAAGUUUUCGUCUGUUUAAUAUUGCCCUGCUAUGCAAGACCGCUCCUACACCUUAGUUUCUUAAAAUAAAGACAUUGCUACAGUUCCCAAUUCUUUCUUACUACAGGCUCAGGUGUACAGGUUAUUCUGGGUUAAUUUUAUCUAAUGAAGCCCGUUCCUUUUUGUACAUAAUGAUGUCACUUAAACCUAUGCUUACAAACUAAAGAGACUAAUUGCUCAAUAUGGAAACAAAGUUUUUGCUUAAAAUAUUAAGAUGAAAGUAGCUGAAUAUAGGUUAUUUUGUCCUUUUUAAAAAAAAAUGCUGCAUAUUGUAUGCAUUGUGCUGAUGCAAGAAUUCUACAUUUUAAUGAAUUAUAAAAUUAUUCUGCAUCUCAUCACAUCACAGUAUUUCUGUACUAUUUAUUCAUAUAUAAAUAUAUAUUGGCUUAAUCAUUUAAAACGUGUUGCGGAAAGAACUUUCCUACCUGUAGGCAAUAGAUUGCUAUGUUUUUAACAAAUUGUGGUAAAUUCUAAGGAGCAAUUCUUUUUGUACGUAAUAGGACAUUUCAUCCUAGAAAAUAAAGUAAUGUUUUUGACAUUG